AAUUUGGAACUUUCAAUUAUUAGCCGAGAACUAUAGAUUCUCCAAUAUCUCUCGAGAAAUAGCACUUAAACCAACUUGCCGGUAUCCAAAAAGAGCAACUAAAGUAAAACAUCUGUGAAUUAAGGUGUAAUUUGUGAAAAAUUCCAUCGGCCUACUUCGCCAAUCUUGAUUCAUAGGAAUUCUAACGUCAUUAACGAAAAUGUCUUACCAUCGUGAGCCAACUGUGUUUGGUGUACCCAACUUCAAUGCAGCAGAAGAUGCAGCUGCCCUACGUGGUGCAAUGAAGGGUUUCGGCACCGAUGAGCAAGCCAUCAUAGAGAUCCUUACCACGAGGUCCAAUGCACAGCGGCAGGCCAUUGCGCAGGCAUUUACACAUGAAUAUGGAAGAGACAUAAUCGAGGACCUAAAAUCGGAGCUCGGAGGUCACUUCGAGGACGUAAUCGUGGCACUGAUGCUGCCGCCCGAGGAGUACCUCUGCAAGGAGCUGCACAAUUGCAUGGACGGGAUGGGAACUGACGAACACACGCUUGUUGAGAUUUUGUGCACGCGCACCAAGAAGGAGAUCGCUGCUAUUGUCGCGACUUACGAGCAGAUGUACAACCGACCUCUAGCAGAGCACAUGUGCUCGGAGACAUCUGGGGACUUCCGUCGGCUGCUAACGCUCAUCGUCACUUCCUCCCCGCAGGGGGCGCGCGACGAGGAGGCCGGCGUGAACCCUGCGCGGGCGCAGGAGGCCGCACAGCAACUGUACGAUGCCGGAGAGGCUAAGUGGGGCACCGACGAGGAAAUCUUCAAUAAGAUCCUUGCGCACGAGAGCUUUGGGCAACUGCGCUUGAUAUUCGAGGCUUACAAGAACAUCGCUGGCCGUACCAUCGAGCAGGCCAUCAAGGCCGAAAUCGGCGGGGAGCUCAAGGAAGCCCUUUCUGCCAUUGUCGAAUGCGUGGAGAACGCCGCGGCGUGGUUCGCCCAGCGUAUACGCGCGGCUAUGGAAGGGGCAGGCACUGAAGAUAAAACGUUGAUCCGGAUUAUAGUAAGCCGAGCAGAGAUUGAUUUGGGCAGUAUCAAGCAGGAGUAUGAGAGAAUUUAUGAUAAAACGCUUGAAAGCGAUUUAAAGCAGAAUGAAACUUCUGGUGACUACAAACGAGCCUUGGUAGCGCUUUUGGGACCAGCUUAAGAGCCCCAAAGAAGUUUUUAAACGAGAUUCGUGGUACCAGUGAACUAAGAAAUAUUAAGCAUACAUUUUGUAUUUAUCUUUGAAAUUAUAAUUUUUAUAAGCACCAUUUUUUAGCCAAUUGAUGCUAUGAAAGUCGGCAACGGUUUGUUAAUUUAUUUUUAAAACCUCGAAUAAUAACAAUAAAGUACACUAGAAUUGAAAUAAUUGUGUAGAUAUAAGCUUAUUGUGGUUGUACCAACGCAUCGGGUUUAGUAUUAACGAAACUAGAGUAUUUAUUAUGGAUCUGUCAAAAUGUAUUUAUUUGAAAUUGUAUUGUUAGAACUUGACGAAAGUAGUGCCUUACAAAAGUUGGUUUUCUGAAAAAUGUAUUUAAAGUUGCAUAUGAAGAAUAUUUACAAUGUUUAUUUGGCUAAAGAUUUUAUUGUAUUUGCAUUCCAAUUUACCCUUUUUGUAUUCCCUUAGCUUUAAUUAUACCUUUUUUAAUUUUAUUGGAAUAAUAAAUGUUAUGUACUGUGUCAUUUGUUUUUUAGU